CGAGGAGGACGUGGGGGCACGGAGCACCAUCCGGGUGGUGUCACACACCAGCGUCCCGCUGCUGCUGAGGAACCAGCCCUACUUCUUCCAGCAAUCCCAGGGGACCCUCUACAUCAUCUGGGGGCCUGCAAAGAAGAUGAACCGGGAGAAGGUGGGCUCAACCUACCAGGCGCUGCUGAAGGUGAUGGAGAUGUACCCCCACCUGCAGAUCUACACCUUGACCCAGGAGAAGAUGACAUACUGUGACAACGUCUUCCAGAACGAGACGGGGAAGAACAGGAUGAAGUCUGGCUCCUUCCUGAGCACGGGCUGGUUCACCAUGAUCCUGGCCAUGGAGCUGUGCGAGCAGAUCUGCGUCUUCGGCAUGGUCAGCGACAGCUACUGCAGGGAGAAGAACCACUCGAGUGUGCCCUACCACUACUUCGAGAAGGGCCAGCUGGACGAGUGCAGGAUGUACCUGGUGCACGAGCGAGCGCGCCGUGCCGGGCACCGCUUCAUCACCGAGAAAGCCAUCUUCUCCCGCUGGGCCAAGAGGAAGAACAUCAUCUUCAGCCACCCAUCCUGGGCAGGUGGGUAGAGUGCCGGCCGUG